GCCGUCAUGUAUGGUUUUCACAUCGGACGUCGUCGUCGCCUCGCGGAACCCUAGGCUUAUGCUGAAACGUAAACAGCAAUUUUCUGCGCGUUUUUUUAAUUCAUCCUACGUGUUGUGCAUCGCCGCGACCUUGCCGUGAAUGUCAUUAUUAUAAAAAGGACAACCAGGACACGGCACCAUGGAGAUUGUAACUCACUUCAUAAGUGACACCGUAGAGUUGUACAAAUGGACCCUUACUAUCGCAGACAAGCGUGUAGAGAAGUGGCCGCUCAUGGGUUCUCCGCUGCCCACCCUGGCCAUCAGCUCCCUCUACCUGCUCUUCCUGUGGCUCGGACCCAAGUACAUGCGGAACCGAGAGCCGUUCCAGCUGAGGAAGACUCUCAUCACGUACAACUUCAGCAUGGUGGUGCUCAACUUCUUCAUCUGGAAGGAGCUCUUUCUGUCCACUCGGGCUGCAGGCUACAGCUACCUUUGCCAGCCUGUCAACUACAGCGAUGACGAAAACGAAGUCCGGGUGGCGGCAGCCCUGUGGUGGUACUACGUGUCGAAGGGCGUGGAAUAUCUCGACACGGUUUUCUUCAUCUUGCGCAAGAAGUUCAACCAAGUCAGCUUUCUGCACGUGUACCACCACUGCUCCAUGUUCACGCUGUGGUGGAUUGGCAUCAAGUGGGUGGCUGGAGGGCAGUCCUUUUUCGGCGCACACCUCAACGCAGCCAUCCAUGUCGUCAUGUACCUGUACUACGGCCUGGCUGCAAUCGGACCCAAGAUCCACAAGUACCUCUGGUGGAAGAAGUAUCUGACCAUCAUUCAGAUGAUCCAGUUCCAUGUCACUAUUGGCCAUACAGCCGUGUCCCUCUACAUCGACUGUGACUUCCCCCACUGGAUGCACUGGGCUCUCAUUGGCUACGCCAUCACCUUCAUCAUUCUCUUCGGCAACUUCUACUACCAGACCUACCGCCGGCAGCCCCGCCGGGACGGCCCCUCGAAAGCAGUCCCCAGCGGCGUGAUCAAUGGUGUUUCCACGGCAACCAACGGAGUGAGCAAGAUGGAGGAAAAACCUGCAGUGGAGAAUGGGAGGAAGAGGAAGAGGGGUAGGCCAAAGCGGGAGUAAGAUCGCUCGGUGGGAGCCUGCUGUGGACACCCGGAGGACAGCAGAGCUGGGAGCAGGGUUGCGUUCUUGGCCCUGUAGCACGCCCCUGUGCAGCGCGUGCACAUGGGACUGCGACUGCCCCGCAGAGGAGUGGGUGUCCCAACAUCGCCAGAGUCCGCAUCAUCUCAAGGUUUUGUUACAUCAGCUCUAGACUGUGCGUCCUUGCUGUCCUCAUACUAGUCUGGGACACUGAUUCGUUAAUUCAGGAAAGGCUACUGUAACAAGCCAAGCAAAAAUUGUACGAACACACACACACACACACACACACACACAUAUACAUACAGCAAAACCGACAUAAGCACGCUUGUUUCUAUAUAGAAGACAUCUAUACCGCAGCAUCCUGCAACAUUAUUCAUUACUGUGUCCAAACCUGCAUCUUCUUUCCUCCUUUGUUGACCUUUUUUUUUUUUGUUUUGUUACCUUUUAAUAACUAUUAAUGGCAAAAGGCAUUUGUAUUAAAGUGUCUUUUUCUAACCCCACCCUCCCACUACCUGGGCCAGGGUUCAGUGAUGUUUACAGCACCAGUAAGAUGGCAAUAUAAGGCACACGACUGCAGAAACUCACCAGAGAUUGAUGUGCAACUGAGGCCCAUGGGUAAAUAUACACAUUUAUCUGAUGCUUUUCUCUAAAGCAAAUUAAAAAAUGAAGCUGCUUACACUGAUUUACCCAUUCAUAUAGCCAGGUAAUUAUUACUGUAUCAGUUCAGGGUAAUUACCUUGAUCAAGGAUUCUGCAGCAAAGGAUGAGGUUCAGUCCUGGGACCUUGUAGUCUAAUGGCAGAGGCUUUAACCACUCUGCCCCCUGCUGCCCCUAAACAGCCUCAUAUGCCUUUCAGCCACAGGGCUCAAUGUGAUUGGCUGAGACAUGGCCCUUGGUGCGUGAUGUCAUCGUGAACGCAGCGGUACAUUUGUUGUACAAUGUCAUGGGCUUACUUUGUUAUUACUCUUCAUGUACAGCGGGUCUCUUGGUUCGACUCCCAGCUGCAUCAGCUACGGCUCAUUGUUCUGUGGGUCCUUUUCUUUUGUUUCGAUUGUAAUAGAUUCCCCUUUAUUAUGCAUAAAAUAUGAACCUGCCCAACAGCGUUUUAACCUGUUCCACAGCCACCUUUUUUGUCGUAUGAUACAUGAUCGAGGCAAAAAGGUCAUAACGCUGAACAUACCAGCGGCUGCUUUCCACUGGUAUCUCCGCACACCCAGGCCUGUACAUUGAUUUCUGCUGUGAAUUCAGGUGAAAUACUGUAACAUAUCUAAAUAUUGCAUUGCUGGCAUAAAACUCCCGUCCAGUGAUUUGGCUUAAUCAUAUACUUAUCAAAAUGAUUCAUAAACACAGAUACCCAUUCCUUAGUUACAUGACUAGCAGAGGGUUAGGGCUGCUGCUUGUCACCAUCUGAGCCGUAUUUUACUCUGCUGAUGUUCUCUAGACUCUUUUAUUACCAAUACAUAGACGUCUCGUAUUAUCGAGACGUCUUAAAUAGAUCCUUUUCUUGUCAGCUCUUUUUUUGUUCAUUUUAUUGUCGCAGCCUGUCAGGUUUUGCACCUGUCCUCGCAGAGUUUCCAUGCUUCAGAAUGGUACGAACAAAUAGACAAAAUAAAUAAAAAUAGAAAUUGUUUUAAGCUGGAUGAGGGUGGUCUCUUGGCUGAGGGUUGCUAUCACUGACUGCUGACUGCAGGUUGCGACUGUGAGUCCAGCCUAACAAAAAAGGGUUCAGCUGAAGAUUUUUGUCCACUGUGCCCCCUCCCGGGGGAAAGGGACAUUUCUACCCUCAGAAUGUGUGUGCACGGUCGUUGCUGCAGCCUCGCUGUGACCAGCAGGUCUGUGGCUCGGCCCUAGGUCUGUCCAUAUUUCUACAUGUCUCCGGUUGCGGAUAAUUACUUAGUAUUUAUUUGUACACUUCGGAAUUGUGUCCUUCAGCUUUGUGUUUUUAUUUAUUUUUUAAUUUAUUUAUUAAUUUUAAAGUAUUUACUGUGGAAUGUGGAUGUUGUGCAAGAAGUGUUGCCCAUUCAGUUGUCUCCCUGAUGCAGUUUCUGUUUGAAUAAACACGA